AACAUCUACGAUCCAUUUGUAUUCCUACACGCAGCCCACCACCACCUGCAAUAGCCUCUACUAUGGAAUGAUGGGAUCGACAAAACCAAUUAUUAGAGUUCCUGAAUUUCCGAUCAUCUUCUUCAUAGUUGUUCUGAUCAUCAGUUUCAUCAGAACGAGUACUUCUCAAGCACCAAUCUACGUUGGAGAUGACUGCCAUAACAAAACCCAGCAAGUUCUUACAUCUUCAUACAAAGCUAACCUUAACCAGCUUCUCUCAUCGCUCGCCACCGACGCAGCCACAAGCAAAGGCUACAACCAUACGGCCGUCGGCACCGCCACCAGCGCUGUCUACGGCCUCUAUGACUGCCGCGGUGAUGAUGCCGGAUACUUCUGCCAGUUCUGUAUCACCACUGCCAGUAGAGAGGUUCUCCAACGUUGUCCCAAUCAAUCUUCCGCUGUAAUAUGGUACGACUUCUGCAUCCUCCGAUACUCUAACAAGAACUUCUUUGGGAACGUGACAACUAGCCCAUCGUGGCAUGUCGUCGGAGCAAAGACGGUGUCAGAUCCGUUAGAGGGGAAGAAGGCGGAGAGUUUCAUGAGAAGUCUAAUACAAACAGCGACAGAAGACCCAGAGGAAUUGGGUGCUAGAGGAGAGUUUGAUUUGGGUGGAGGAAGAAAAAGGUAUGCAUUGGUUCAGUGUAGCAGAGACCUUAACACUGAAGGUUGCAGACAAUGCUUGGAGGCUAUGCUGGAUAAGGUUCCUCAGUGUUGUGAGCACAAGCUAGGAUGGCAGGUUUUGGCUCCAAGUUGUCUGAUUAAGUACGACGAUUUCAUGUUUUAUCAAUCAACCACUUCCUCUAAUUCUAAUUCUUCUACAGCCCAUAAUGGUGCUAGGAAGUCAAAAGCCUUGAUCAUAAUCAUAACUGUAUCAGUGGCCAUGGCUAUAUUAAUUUUGUCUCUGUUGAUCUUUUGGUGGAGGAAGACUAGAAAUGAUAAUAUGCCGUUGGAGAACACUCCUAUAUUUUACGGCCUUUCUGAAAGAGAGACUUCACUGAACUCAGACCUUCCCACAAUCCCUUUAGUUGUGAUUCAACAAAGUACGCAUCAAUUUUCAGAAGCAUUUAAAUUGGGAGAAGGUGGUUUUGGUCCCGUUUAUAAGGGGACAUUGCCAGAUGGGAGGGAAAUUGCUGUGAAAAGACUUUCAAAAACUUCAGGUCAAGGUUCAAAGGAGUUCAAAAACGAAGUGAUAUUCAUAGCAAAAUUACAACAUAGAAACCUUGUGAGACUCUUGGGCUGUUGUAUAGAGGAAAAUGAAAAGCUACUUAUAUAUGAGUACCUGUCUAAUUCUAGCCUUGAUUUCCACCUUUUCAAUGAUGAAGAGAAUAGGAAGAAACUAGAUUGGAAACGCAGACUGAAUAUUAUUAAUGGGGUUGCAAGAGGACUUUCAUAUCUUCAUGAAGACUCUCGACUUAGAGUAAUUCACAGAGAUUUGAAAGCUAGUAAUGUUCUUUUGGACAAUGAGAUGAAUCCUAAAAUAUCAGAUUUUGGACUAGCAAGAGCUUUUGAUGGAGGCCAAAAUCAAGGAAUAAAUACAGGCCGAGUAAUGGGUACUUAUGGAUAUAUGGCCCCAGAAUAUGCUAUGGAAGGAUUAUUUUCAGUAAAAUCAGAUGUUUUUAGCUUUGGGGUUCUUCUACUUGAAAUCAUAUGUGGAAAAAGGGUGAGAUCUUUCCACUUCUCUCAACAUCGUCAAAGCCUUCUAAUUUACACUUGGAGUCUAUGGUGUGAUGGAAAAUGCUUGGAACUGAUGGACCCAAUUCUGAAAGAUUCAUACGUAGAAAGCGAAGUUUUCAAAUGCAUACACAUUGGCUUGCUUUGUGUCCAAGAAGAUGCAAAAGAUAGACCAACAAUGUCUGGUGUUGUAGUUAUGCUUGCAAGUGACACAAUGACCUUUCCCAAGCCUAAUCAUCCUGCAUUUUCACUAGGAGGAAUGGGCCCAGAAGAUUCAUCUACAUCAAAAAAUUCCGAAGAUGAUCCUUCAGUUAAUAAGGUGACAAUGUCUAACGUCACAGCUAGGUGAUGAUGACAACACCAAUCUAUGAAGGGAGAGAUAACGAGAGUAGUGAGAUCUACCUAACCUGAUCAAGAUUAGAUUUUUCCAUCCCUCUCUUUAUCUUUCUUCAACUAUAUUGUGAAGAUGUUAGAGUCUGGAAGGACAUUUAAUUAGCCAUGAUGUUUUUGAUGGUGAUGAGGAACUAUGGCUUCAAGGUUUAGACAAGUUAGAGUGAAUCAAAUAGGUCCAUGCUUGCUUCUAUUGAAGAAUUUUUUAAAAGAGAAGACAGCCUAUAUCAUUCAUGUUGAACUAAAGUACAUAUGUCUAUGUACGCAUGUAUAUGAAUGACAUAUUCAAUGUGUGUUA